AUCAGGGAUGGGCAACUUAAAUGCUGGAGGGGGCCACAAUGUUUCAUCGACACUACCACAGGGCCACAUAUAGGACAGUGCACUUAACCAGAAACUGCAAUUUUAAAUAUGUUUACAGUGCAAUAACUUAACAUAUUUCAUGCUCAAAUGCAUGCAUAACAGUAUAAAUAGGAAUACGAAAGGUUUGAAGCAAAUAAAAAAUAACCACUUAAUGUGAUUUCUUUUUUUUUUUCAGUGCAAGAACAGCAGACCAACAUUAAUUGCAAGAAGUAACUUUGUACAUUAUUACACUGCACUUUUAAGAUUUCGUGCUCAAAUGCAUGUAGUUAUACUGAGGACCACUUCAAGUGAGGGUGCGGGCCGUAUGUGGCCCCCGGGCCUCCAAUUGCCCAUCCCUGCUCUAGAGCCACCAAAUAUAACAAAUUGGAACAAGAAGUUAUUUUUGUUGAAAACACAGUCUCUAGAAUUUGAUGUACGUUCGACCAAAAUGGGGUCACUACAAGGCAACACCAGAAUAUAUGAUAGUCCAACAUUCUGUCUGAUUGGAAUAUGAUCUCUUUUGAUAUGGAGUGCAGAAAUAGCGAAUGAGAUUUUUCCAUGAAUAUUCUCUCCAAAGUAGAGAAUUUGUUAUUUUCCAUUGUUGUUUAAAAAAAAUCCUUCCAGUUCUCCUGUGAGAUUAUGAUGUUGCCUUCAGUUUAAACCACUUUGUUUUUUAACGCUAAAAAGCAUUCAGUUAGAUCAAAAAAUUGCAUGCUGUUAUUUUGAAAGGGGAAUUGGGAUACCGGAAGUUGUAAUGUAACAAACAGCGACACGUUUUUCUUUAGCCGUGAUUCUUUGACGAGAAAACUAAUGUUAAUAUUUUAACACUACACGCUCUUAUUGCUGUACUUGGGCAGUAAUGUUAGAUUAGUCUAGAUGUGGAAAUCCGCUUAAAGCUGCAGUAAAAAGUAUUACUCGGCUCCACGUCUUUUGUUAUUAGCCUACUAACGUCAGCCUAGUUAGCUCAGUGAGUUAGGUAAACAGCGUUUAACGUAAGCAUGCAUUCACCUUGACAUUUAAUAGUGUAGUUGUUUUAUUGUUCAGCAGGACCUGAAGAAGGCAGGAUGUCGAAUGAUCUCGCUGGUGUGUGGGAGGUUGCACUGAGUGAUGGAGUCCACAGGAUAGAGUUUGAACAUGGCACGACGACUGGAAAGAGGGUCAUCUACGUUGAUGGAAAGGAGAUACUGAGACGGGACUGGAUGUUUAAACUUGUUGGGAAGGAGACAUUUAAUGUGGGCAAAUCAGACACCAAAGCAACCAUCAACAUUGAUGCGGUCAGUGGUUUUGCCUAUGAGUACACCUUGGAGAUCAACGGGAAGAGCCUGAAGAAGUACAUGGAGAACAGGUCAAAGGUCACCAGCACCUGGGUUCUCAACUUGGACGGCACUGACUGCAGGGUGGUUCUGGAGAAAGACACUAUGGAUAUUUGGUGUAAUGGACAAAACAUUGAGACUGCAGGGGAGUUUGUGGAUGAUGGCACAGAAACACACUUCACACUCGGAGACCACAACUGCUGUGUGAAGGCCGUGAGCAGCGGGAAGAGACGAGACGGGAUCAUUCACACACUGCUGGUGGAUGGCACAGAGAUAGCCGAAUGCACAGAGUGACUGUGCGUGUAUGUCUCCAUUUGUAUGAAAGCAGGUUUGUAUGUGUGACUUUGUAUCUGUGAAACAGACGGAGAGCGCAGAAGAGGAGAAUUUUGUUUAAAGCCGUUGGAUCCAGGGACCAACUGACAGAAAUAUGUGCUCCUGUCCAUGCUGUGGAGGGUGUAUUUGCCAUAUAUUGAUACUGUAAGGGUGAUUCUGUCAUGAAUAUAGAACAAGUUGAAGGACUGCUGUGUAGGUGGAUUUGGAAAAGAGGGUGCAGCCAUAAAUUUCAGCACAAAAAGGGAUUUACUGUCCAAAAAGGAUCUUCACACUGAAUUUUUUUAGUUGUAAAGUUGUACUUUAUAUUGGCAAAAAUUGAUCAAUUUCAGUGAUAUUAUCAGGCCAUAUUUGCCAUAUUAUUGGCUGCUUAUAUGAGCAGCUGGUGUUCUAAAGACAGCACGUCUUUAGUACCUGCUGUCAUUUUUUAGAAUACCACCACCCAUUUUACAGAUAGCCACUAAGCCCCAGACUCGACCUGUUCUCCCUGCUUGCUUUCUUGUAUUUUUCAAUAUUGCUUAGUAGGAAGCUUGAACAGACACAAGAUUAUUCCUUGAAUGUAGCAUCAUCCAGUAUGCACUGCUCAGGAGUGACCUUUGCUUAGUUUCAUGUUGACGUGUUAUGAUUUGCCCAGCCAGUUGAUAAUAAAGUAAUAUGUAAUUAGCUUUUAACAGACUGCUGUAGAUGUGUCAAAACAAUCCAGGGUGCACUGUCAGUUCAUAUACGAUCAUGAUAAGUGACAUUAUUUGCCAGUUAUGAAUCAUAAACACAGCUGAAGGAAAUCACUUGCUAAUCAUACUUUGGGGACUCCGAUUUGUUGUGCUGUCAAGUUGUUAGUCUCUUUUUUAUGUAAAGACUAGAUGUCGUGGUUACAGAGAUUUUAAGCUAAAUAUUUUUAUAAAGUCGUGCUCACAAAUUAAAGAUUCAAGCGUUUUCCAAUGUAUCUUAACUGCUUGUUUACAUUUUGAAAAUAGAGGUAUUUACUUUUUAUGAAGCUCUGCUACAAUACAGUAAAAACACUUAACCAUAAUCAAGUGUUAAAUUAAAAAUAAGUUGAAACGAGGUCCACCAAUGUCACCAUGGCAACUAAGCAAUGCUCAAUAUACUGUGAUUUCUGUGUUGUAUCAUUAAGAAUACUUCUCUUUGUCUUUCAUAUGUAUCGGUACUGGUUGAAAUCCUAAUUUUAAUACAUGUAUUACAUUUUCUUUACUGUUACACGUGUACGUUUGUAAAAUGUAAGCUGUAUUUAAUUUCAUUAAAUCUGUGUAGCUGAUCAGGUUUUGUUCAAAUAUAAAUUCUGACUAAACAAGGUUGACUGAUAUUUAAAUCAUGGACUGUGUUUCCAUAUUCUCGUACCUUACAUAAUUGUAAGUGGUGACGGCACACAAUAGAAACUGUCCACAUUCUUUAAACAACAAAACAAAACAAAAUGAAUCCAACUUUUUUUU